GGGCGAGUUCACAAAGCCGCAGACGGCAGAGCUCGCGGCGGCCGCAAAGGAGGUCUAUGCGCAGCGCGCCGGCGCCAGGAGCCGCGCAGCCACAGGCGUUGCCGCGGGCGCCGCAGCUUUGCCGCAGGACGGCGGCAAGGGCGGCUGGCGAUUUUGGAAGAAGUGA